CUGGGGCCGAAUGCUUUAAGAAUCUGUGGGGAACUGGAGGACGGAAGUGACUGUUGGGCCGGCUGAGGUCGCUUUAAAUUCCCUUCCCCCUUCCCCUUCCCGGGCUCUGCGCGGGCGUCAAUGGCGUUAGACGUGAAGUCGCGAGCGAAGCGCUACGAGAAGCUAGACUUCCUCGGGGAGGGACAGUUCGCCACAGUAUACAAAGCCAGGGACAAGAACACCGGCCAGAUUGUCGCUAUUAAAAAGAUCAAACUUGGACAUAGAUCAGAAGCCAAAGAUGGUAUCAACAGAACAGCUUUGAGGGAAAUAAAAUUACUUCAGGAAUUAAGCCAUCCAAAUAUUAUUGGUCUCCUUGAUGCUUUUGGGCACAAGUCCAAUAUUAGUCUUGUCUUUGACUUUAUGGAAACUGAUUUAGAGGUAAUAAUAAAGGAUAAUAGUCUUGUGCUGACACCUUCACAUAUCAAAGCCUACAUGCUGAUGACUCUUCAAGGAUUAGAAUAUUUGCAUCAACACUGGAUUCUACAUCGGGAUCUAAAACCAAACAACUUGCUGUUGGAUGAAAAUGGAGUUUUAAAAUUGGCUGAUUUUGGUCUAGCUAAGUCAUUUGGAAGUCCCAAUAGAGCAUAUACACAUCAAGUUGUAACUAGAUGGUAUCGAGCCCCUGAGCUCCUCUUUGGAGCCAGAAUGUACGGUGUAGGGGUCGACAUGUGGGCUGUUGGCUGUAUAUUAGCAGAAUUGCUUCUGAGGGUUCCUUUUUUGCCAGGAGAUUCUGACCUUGAUCAACUAACACGAAUAUUUGAAACUUUAGGAACACCAACAGAAGAGCAGUGGCCUGGAAUGUGUAGUCUUCCAGAUUAUGUGACAUUUAAAAGUUUCCCUGGAAUUCCUUUACAACAUAUCUUCAGUGCUGCAGGAGAUGACUUACUAGACCUCAUACAAGGUUUAUUCACGUUUAAUCCUUGUACACGACUCACAGCUACUCAGGCAUUGAAAACUAAGUAUUUUAGUAACCGACCAGGGCCUACUCCUGGAUGCCAUCUGCCGAGACCAAACUGUCCUGCAGAAGCAUUGAAGGAGCAACCAACUCUAGCUGUGGCAGCUAAACGGAAACGGACAGAUGCCUUGGAACAAGGAGGAUUGCCGAAAAAGCUGAUUUUUUAAUUACUUACUGAUUCAUACUCCUAAGCAGUCAAGAGAAAAAAAAUGGAUCCCAGAUUGUUGUUGAUUUUGACUUUCAUCCUGAAUGACAAUGAUUGCAUAUAAAGAGCUGGAUAUGAAUUCUAUAGAUCAUUAACCAGUAGAUAUUGGA